GUAGCGCCUGGCAGCCCACUCCGGCUGCUGGCGCAGCUGAGCCCGGCGGCUGCAGCGAGGGGAGCGAGGCAGUCGCGGCUGUCUGGCUUUCCUGCACUGAUGGAGAAGCACUCAGUGAUGGCUGAGAGCUCAGCUGUGACUGCAGCAGUGCCAGGGAGAGCAGCACCAACCAAGCUAGAGGAGCUCCUGGAGAUCACUGCUCAGAGCCUGGUGCACACUGAGGUGUCAGAGCACUACAAGGUUAUUCGGGAGCUGGGCAGGGGCAAGUACGGCCAUGUGAUGCUAGUGACCCACAGGCAGAGAGGGACUCCUAUGGCUCUCAAGCUGCUCCCCAAAGCCAGUACCAAGUUGCACACUUUUCUGUAUGAGUAUUGUGUAGCACUGUCCCUCGCCACCCACCCUGCCAUCAUUGGCAUGUUUGGAAUUGCCAUUGAGUCCAGCCAGUACUAUGGUUUCCUCUAUGAACCAGCGCUCCACAAAGACCUCAUCUCUAUCAUCAAACCCCGCGAUGGGAUUCCUGAGCUGGCCACAAAGCAGUGUGCCAAGCAGCUCGUGAGUGCGCUGGAGUUCAUCCACAGCCGGGGGCUGGUGUACCGUGAUAUCAAGCCUGAGAACGUGCUGCUUUUCGAUCCUGACUGCCGGCUCGUCAAACUCACUGACUUUGGGCUCACGCGGCCCAAGGGUACCAAGCUCAAGCUGGUGGCUGGGGUAAUCCCCUACACUGCACCCGAGCUGAGCAACACUGCUGAUGCUCAGGGAGUGCCCAUUGACAGCAGCAUGGAUGCCUGGGCCUUCGGGGUGCUGCUUUUCUGCCUGCUGACUGGCUACUUCCCCUGGGAGCAGAGCCUGCCAGAGGACCCUUUCUUUGAGGAUUUCAUGCAGUGGCAGGAGACAGGCCUGGAAAAGGAUGUGCCCCGGCACUGGAAGCGCCUGACAGCCGAGGCUGCUGGGAUGCUGCGAAGCCUGCUGGCUCUAGAUCCCACCAAACGUAGCCCCGUCAGUGGGGUGUUGUGCUAUGUUGACUGCCCUUGGAGGCUGGAGGGUGGGCACAGUGAGGAGGCUGCCGUGAAGUCCUAGAUCCUGCUCCCCAUGGCAGGAGGGAAGGAGGGUCUCAGCCUGCAAAGGGCUUCAGGGUUUGGGCACCAUGGUGGCCUGGGAAUGAGAGGCCAUGGUGACUCAGAGAGCAACUUCUCUGCAGCACUGUCCCUGCUGCCACAGUCAAGCUUCUUCCCCAGAUGAUUGUCCUCACCCCAUGACUCAGUGCUGCCCAGUGCCACCUCCUUGUGGCCUGAAAACAUCUUUCUCAUGGAAAUGACUGUGUGUGAAGCAUCUAUUUGUUUCAUAGCCACAGGAACUCCAGGGAGUUAUUUAGGCUGCAGCACCUGCCAUGUCUCAAAAUAUGUACUUUUGUGUUUCUGUAUGUGGCUCAUUUUCCCUCAUAAUAAAUGAUUGUUGGGACACGCUGUUGGAAAGCAGGGAGCAGGUUAGAACUUGGAGCUAUCUCAGGACAAGCUGUCCAAGGCAGGGGCCGUCUCUGAAUUCUGCCUGUGCCCGCACCAGGACCCAUGGAGGGUGGCUUCAGGCUGGUGGGGUGGAGGGGCUGGGGAGUCCCCAGCAUGUGGCCAUGGAUGAUGGCUGAGGAAUGGUUAUGGUGUUGAGGUUAUCUCAUGCCUGCCCAAACACACCUCUUCCCUUGUACUGCCUUCAGGUCCUAAGACAAUGUCCUUCAUGAUCUUUUAGAUGCCUCAUUACCCCUCUAGAAGACCUUCCUUCUCUCCUAUCACUUCUUUAACCCUUCCCUAGACACAGACCUCUCCUAAUGCCCCAGUAUCCUCCUAGGUGCACAUUUUAAUCCUGAAAAGGAGUAGCAAAGAGGGAAUUAAGGGUUAGUAGCCCUUUUUAUUUUUCUACAUCUUUUCAAUACCCAGGAUUUUGCUGUUGGUAAUAAUCCCUUCCUGCACUUAACCCAGUCUUUUGCUGGAAACAUCCACAGCUCAUUUUCCACUCUUUAUAACUUCUAAAAAUGCAGUGUCCCAGUACUAUACUUUCUAGUAUUUCAGCUUUUUUUUUCAUCUCCAGUCCUUUCUUGCACAUGCUCUUUCUUCUACGCUUCCCCAACCUCCAUGUCUUUUUUUUCCCAGCUUCUUCUCACCCACUGGCAUUUUAGUAUUAACUUCUCUACUAGCACUAUCCGUCAGCUGGUGAACACCUUUUGCUUGCUUCUCUCUCAGCAACGUCACCUCUGUAUUAUUAUUUUGUGCUGUUCCUGCUCCCUGCAUCACUUAUUCCUUGAAUUUUCCUUCCAACUCCCCAACCUACCUUAAACAAGCAAACCAAACCUACCAAACAGCGUUAUGCUCGCACUGUCCAAGGUACAAUUUUCUUCUGCUUACUUCCAUCUCAGAAUCUUUCAUUACUUGAAAUCAUAAUAAAUUCUGCUCAACUCCAGCCUGCUGAAAUUUGGCUUUGAAUGUUAAGGUGCCAACACAGCUCCUGGAUUUCAAGUGGAGAAGCUUUAAGACCAGUGGAUCUAAAGACCAGGUAGCUGGUAACUAUCCAGUGAAAAAUAAUGGAAAACUUUUUACAGAUGCUUGCUAAUGGACAAUUACAGAACAGGAAUGUGGCUUUUUGGAAUGAGACAUUCAAUUUUAUAAUAAAGUCAUGUUUGAUACAGUAAA